ACUAGCCCAGCCCCUUCCCAGCACUGCUUCCUGCUCCAGGGCAGUGGGGAAAGGCUUCCUGAGGCUGUGUGUUGCCCCAUCAUGGCUGCCCUUCUCUGACCUUUCUCACCCUUCCUUCCUCCUGAGCGCAGUCAACCUCCAGGGUCCAGAGCCUCUAGGCCCUAGGACCAUGAACAAUACAAAUUGUAGCAUCCUCCCGUGGCCUGCUGCAGUCAACUACGUCUUCACCUUCUACUUGGUCUUGCUGCUGGUGCUGGGCCUGCUGCUCAAUGGCCUGGCACUCUGGGUAUUCUGCUAUCGCAUGCACCAGUGGACGGAGACCCGCGUCUAUAUGACCAACCUGGCCGUGGCUGACGUCUGCCUGCUCUGCUCCUUGCCAUUCGUGCUGUACUCCCUGAAACACAGUACUUCGGACACACCCAUCUGCCAGCUCUCACAGGGCAUCUACCUGGUCAACAGGUACAUGAGCAUAAGCUUGGUCACCGCCAUUGCUGUGGACCGCUAUGUGGCAGUGCGGCAUCCCCUGCGUGCCCGUGAGCUGCGGUCCCCACGGCAGGCUGUAGCAGUGUGUGUGGCCCUCUGGGUGAUAGUGGUCACCUCCCUGGUACUGCGCUGGCGCCUGGGGAUACAGGAGGGUGGCUUCUGCUUCAGCAGCCAAAAUCGCUACAACUUCAGCACCACUGCCUUCUCGCUGCUGGGAUUCUACCUGCCGCUGGCCAUAGUGGUCUUCUGCUCUUUGCAGGUUGUGACUGCGCUGGCCCGAAGGCCGACCACUGACGUGGGGCAGGCGGAGGCCACUCAGAAGGCCACCCGCAUGGUCUGGGCCAACUUGGCCGUGUUUAUCAUCUGCUUCCUGCCCCUGCAUUUGAUCCUGACGGUGCAGGUCUCCCUGAACCUCCACACCUGCGCUGCCCGAAACAUCUUCAGCCGUGCCCUGGCAAUCACAGCCAAGCUCUCAGACAUCAACUGCUGCCUGGAUGCCAUCUGUUACUACUACAUGGCCAAAGAGUUCCAGGAUGCGUCCUUGCCGGACACAGCCUCUGGCACACCCCACAAGAGCCAAGAUUCUCAGAGCCUGAGCCUCACCUAGAAGCAGUGAACG